AUGAAGUUCCACCUUGGCUUAGCCUGGUUGGUUGCCACCGUUGCUGGCCAAUUAACAUCGUACCCUCUCGAUAAAAUCAUCACCAACGCCGCAAUUAAUAACGUGUUCAACGUCAGGCCCCAGCCACCUGCAGAAGACAAUGAUAAGUGUCCUCCAUGCUUCAAUUGCAACUUGCCCAACUUCGAAUGUACCCAGUUCUCCCAGUGCAACUCAUUUACAGGUAUGUGUGAAUGCCGUGAUGGUUACGGGGGUAUGGACUGCUCGGAGCCCUUGUGUGGCAGCUUGUCGGACGGCAACAAAAACAGACCUGUAAGAGAUGCCAACGAAACAUGUGCUUGCAAAAACGGUUGGGAUGGUAUCAACUGUAACAUGUGUACUUCUGACGAAUCGUGUGAUGCCUUCAUGCCCGAGGGCCUCAAGGGAACCUGUUACAAAUCAGGUAUCCUUGUUAAUAAAAACCAUCAAAUGUGUGAUGUCACUAAUCCAAAAAUUAUCUCCAUCUUGAACGGCUUAAAGCCCCAAGCCACGUUUUCAUGCAACAAAACCGCUGAAAAGUGUGAUUUCCAAUUCUGGAUCGAUCAAAAGGAAUCAUUCUAUUGUGACUUGGAUAAGUGUAAGUUUGACUUCGACUUGAAAUCAAACACAACUCACUAUAAUUGUGAAGAAGUAGCAUGCAAGUGUCUACCAGGAAAAAUGUUGUGUGGGCAAGAAGGCUCAAUCGAUAUUUCUGACUUUUUAACCGAGACCAUCAGAGGACCUGGUGAUUUCGCUUGCAAUGUCAAGCAAAAAUCCUGCAAAUUCUCCGAACCAAGCAUGAAUGAUUUGAUUUCGAGUGUUUUCGGAGAUCCAUACAUUACCUUAAAGUGUAAUGCUGGUGAAUGUAUACAUAAGAGUGAGAUUCCAGGCUAUGACUUGCCUGGAAAGAGGAGAUUGACCACAGGAAACAUCUUUGUCAUCACUGGAGUCGCCCUCAUUUGUGGUUUGAUUGUUAUUACCUCUAUUUACAAUAUCAACAGGUCACCUUUGUUUAAAAAUAGCGAUGGUUCUUAUGAUUCUUUCGACGCAGAGACCUCUGCAUUGAACCAAAACUUCGUUCCAACUACACUUUCUUUCAAUGACAUAAGCUUCAAAGUGGCCAAUGGUCAUAAGGUUUUGAAUAACGUAUUCGGCUUGGUUAAUCCAAGCGAAUGUCUCGCUAUCAUGGGUGGCUCUGGGGCUGGUAAAACGACUUUAUUGGAUAUUUUGGCAGCCAAGAAUAAGGAAGGUGAAAUUUCUGGAAACAUUUAUGUUAAUGGCAACAUCUUGAAUAAGUCUGAUUACAAGAAAAUAAUUGGAUUCGUAGAUCAAGAAGAUCAUUUAAUACCGACCUUAACCGUUUAUGAAACAGUUUUAAACAGUGCAUUAUUGAGAUUACCAAGAACUAUGAGUGUUAGACAAAAGGAAGCUCGGGUUAUCGAGGUAUUGAACGAAUUGAGAAUUCUCGGGAUUAAAGACCGUGUCAUUGGCUCCAACUUCAAAAGAGGUAUCUCGGGAGGUGAGAAGAGAAGAGUCUCUAUCGCCUGUGAAUUGGUUACAUCCCCCUCCAUUUUAUUUUUGGAUGAACCAACUUCAGGUUUGGAUUCUUAUAAUGCUAGAAAUGUUAUUGAAUGUUUAGUCAAGUUGUCAAGAGAUUUCAAGAGAACCAUUGUCUUCACUAUUCAUCAACCAAGAAGUAACAUCGUUUCAUUAUUUGAUAAGUUGUUGUUGUUGAGCGAAGGCGAUUUGGUUUAUUCUGGUGACAUGAUCAAGUGCAAUGACUUUUUCAGUAGAAAUGGCUACAAAUGUCCGUUGGGUUAUAACAUCGCUGAUUAUCUUAUUGAUAUAACUGUGGAUCAUAAGAAACUUGUCAAGGCAUCUGAUUUGCCAGUUAGUAUCGCUGGUGUUACUACUAGUGAGACGGUUGUCCCCGCUGACUCUCAUGAACAAUUUGUCCAAUCUAACUCUGAAGAUACUACCAGAGAAUGGGAACACUUUGCUGUUCAUCGUGACGAAUAUAAUCAUGAUAUCUUGGGUCGUACCAAAGAUAGUUCUGAUGAAACUGAUCAAUUGGUCCAGAUUCGUAAUAAACUACCCCAAAUCUACGGUGAUUCACCAUUGGCAAAUGACUUGAAAACUGAGAUUCAGGAUGGAGUCACAAAUUCCAUUCCCUUGGAGUUAAGUUCGCAAUACUUAGAGAAGGCAAGCAUUCCAAAUCAAAUCUUGAUUUUAUCCUCCAGAACUUUCAAGAAUUUAUACAGGAAUCCUAGAUUACUUUUGACCCAUUACAUCUUGUCAUUGAUAGUGGGGACUUUCUGUGGAUACUUAUACUACGAUGUCUCCAACGAUAUCAGUGGAUUCCAAAACAGAUUGGGCUUGUUCUUUUUCAUGCUCGCAUUCUUUGGGUUCUCGUCAUUGACCGGAUUACAUUCUUUCUCCACUGAGAGAAUAAUUUUUGUCAGAGAAAGAGCCAACAAUUACUACCACCCAUUCAGUUACUAUGCCAGUAAGAUUGUUUGUGAUGUUUUGCCAUUGAGAGUCUUGCCCCCAGUCAUCUUGGCAAGUAUUGCCUAUCCAAUGAUUGGGUUGACAAUGGAGCAUAACGGGUUCAUUAAGACUCUUUUGAUAUUGGUUUUAUUCAAUGUCACUGUGGCCAUUGAGAUGCUUAUUGUUGGUAUCCUAAUCAAGGAACCUGGUACUUCAACCAUGAUUGGUGUUUUGGUUUUGUUAAUGUCCUUGUUGUUCGCGGGCCUCUUCAUCAACAGUACUGAUUUGAACUUGCAAAUCAAGUGGUUGGAAUGGAUUUCCGUCUUCCACUAUGCCUACGAGGCGUUGGCCAUUAAUGAAGUUAAAGACUUGAUUUUGAGAGAAAAGAAGUUUGGAUUAUCUAUUGAAGUUCCUGGAGCUGUUAUCUUGAGUUCUUUUGGUUUCACUGUGAGUGCUUUCUGGAAGGAUGUCAAGUUUUUAGGAGGAUUGGGUGCAAUUUUCCUAGUUUUGGGUUAUGUUUUCUUACAUUUCUUCACUGUCGAGAAGAGAUAG